UUGCGCAUGCCCGGCAGAUGUUGCUGCCGUAACCAGACAGCAGCACGGAGCAGCAACACACCGGGGAUGGUCUCUUCAUUUUUUAAUCGAAACCAACGUUGUAUCUCCACAAAAUGAAGCUUCCGUACUCCUAGAUUCGCGAGGAUAUGGUGAGGACUGGAGAAGGCGUCCCAUGCUGCAUUAGUGGAAUAGUGACAUGCUGGCCUGUCUGCCAGCAUCAGGUGACCCAACCAUCACACUUCUUUCCCGUACGCAGAUGAACACUGGACUUCAGAAAUGGGAAACUACACAGAAGAUGAGAUCUGCCAGCUAUCCAACCCCAGCAGAGUUGGAUGCCUAUGCUAAGAAAGUUGCCAACAACCCUUUGACCAUCCAGAUCUUCCCCAACAGUGUCAAAGUACCUCAAAGGAAGCACAUUCGCCGCACAGUCAACGGGCUCGACACCUCCUCGUCCAGCCAGCGCCACAGUCCUUACCCCUCUCAGGUCAGCGCCAGUGGAGGCCUGCUGGCCGUCCUCCGUGCGCCCGUCAAAGGCGUCAUCAAGCAGUCGGACGGUAGCCGCGCUCGACAGCUACACAAGGCAGUCAUGAACCCUCACAGCGGGCCGUACGCCACUCAAAGCACUUUAAACCUUCCUCAGCCCGCUCCUCACCUGCAGGGCCCGCCUCAGCCUGCAGCCCAGAAGCAGGGAAUGGUUCACCCACAGGCGCUACAGCAGCAGAGUAUGACUCACCCAAUGGCUUUACAGCAGCCUCAUCCACAGGCUCUACAGCAAAGAAACAUGGCUCAUUCACAAGCUGUGCAGCGGCAGCAGAGCCUGUCACAGGUUCAGACCUCGCAACAGCAAAGAUUGGCUCAUCCACAAGGAGUCCAGAGGCAGCAGAGUCUGCCGCACAGCCAGGCUCUGCAACAGCAACAACAACAGCAACAACAACAGCAACAACAACAGCAACAACAACAGCAACAGCAGGGCCAGUCCUGCCCAUCAGUCAUACCACAGCAGCAUCUUUCUCAUCUGCAGACACUAAAGCAUCAGACGGCUCCUCCACAAGCUUUACUCACACAACAAGGAGUGACUCAGGAUCUGCGCCACCUACCUGAUGGAGCUCAGCUUCCGAGCCUGCAGCACACCCAGGGGCUGGUGGGCUCCCAGAACCUCCCCCAGCCCGGAGCUGCAGGACCUCCUAACAUGCCCAACAGCCUCCAGCAGCCUCCUCCUGGACCAUACGGGCCCCGGAAGCUCCCUGACGCAGACGCUCCACCAAAUGUAACUGUAUCUACCUCCACCAUCCCACUGUCCAUGGCAGCCAGCCUGCAUCAGAACCGGCCGGGUGACCUGAGCAGCAUCGUGCACCAAAUCAAUCAGCUGUGCCAGGCUCGGGCCGGCAUGGGCUCCACCUCCGUCUGUGAGGGCCAGAUCGCUAACCCCAGCCCCAUCAGCCGCAACCUGCUGAUCAACGCCAGCUCCAGGGUGUCCUCUCACCACCCGGCUCUGGGCAACAUGCCCGGCUGCCUCAUGGUGGGACCCCCAGACAAGGCAACAGCUCAGACUCCCAGUGCUGCUCUCCAUUCACAGCCCAGUGUUGCUGCUGCUAGCAGUAUCCCUGCCUUUCACACAGACGCUGAGAAGGUCCAACUGCAGCAGCAGCAGCAGCAGCAGCUUCAGCACCAUUUACAUCAGCAGAAACAGCAGCAGCAGAUACAGCAGCAGCAACAUCUACAACAGCUACAGCAGCUGCAGCAGCAGCGCUCCUGGGCGCAGCAUCAACUGGCCCACAUGCAGCAGCCUCCUGAGGGGGCUCAUCCCUGCAAGAACCCAAGAAUGGAGCCUCCAGCUGAGUGCUCUUUCCCCUCACGAAACCUCAGUUAUCCCCACAAGCUACCAAACACAGCACAGGGCUUUCCUCUGAAACAUCCUGCAGAAAAACCACAGCCUUCGUCCCCUGUUAACUGCCCAGUAGGAUCUAUGCCUUACAUUAAUGGCCACUACAUGCAGCCGCCGUGGAGCAGCAUCCCAACCACAGCAGGUAACAAUGGAUCUGGCCCUCAGGACCUGCCGGUGGUCUUCCAGGGAGGGCAGGCUGCUGCCUCCACAGACCGCAUCCCAGGGGCCAAGUACCGGCCAGGGAAGGAGGGUCCAGCUGGGCAGACUAAGCUGAUGCCCACUGUGGAUUUCUUAGGAGGGGACUUCCAGAUGCCCAGCUUCCAGGAGCAGAACAUGGAUGUGAUGGAGAAGAUGCACAGGUCAGCCAUGGGCCAAGUUCAGGAGCCCAGCAACAGUGGAGGCGUCCACACUCACCACCCAGGCUACCGCUAAAGUUCGCUCUUAUCCCCAUGUGCUGUGUUCUGCUACUUUCAACAUACAUGUUUAGUUCUUUAAGAUCUUGCAAGUGAUCAAUUAGAUUUUAUUGCUUCAGAGCUCAGUUUGGAGGCCCACCAGGUUGGGAUGUUUCAAAGUAUUCCUCAGGUCUUAAGCCAUGUCAUACCUUUGUUGCAGAUGAAGGGUUUUUUGAGAUUGUUGUCCACUCUUUUCGUCACUGGCAUGGAUGUGCUGCUCUUUGUUCGUGUAUAUACGGUGUUCUGAAAUGUUCGUUUGCAGCUGAGAGUGUGCUUGCCUUACGAUUGUCACAGUGCUUUUCAUGGGUUGACAUGGAACAACUUCUAUCGGCAUUUGUGGCCUUACAACUGCCCAAAGGCAAGAUUUAGGAUGUCCUCGUGUAGUGUUUUGAUUUGCAAUUAUUUAUCAUUUUCACAAGUUUGUGAUCCAUUUGAAUAAGAAGGUUACAUGUAUAUGCAAUUAAUACGACUGUUGAUAAAGUUUUAGCCCCAGGAGCUCUUUCCCGUAGUUUGAGGCGUACACUUGUUCUUUCAGGAAUACAAACAGGAGUUCUGAACUGCACCGUCGGGGGGUCUGGGUAGGUGUCGAGUUGUUCAAACACAGCGAUCACUGUGGAGAAUUGGGUUUGAGGUUAGAAAUGAGAUGAAGCCAGCACUAGCAAAAACAGAAACACUCUCCAUUUCUGAGAUUCACCUAGUUUUUAAGUGCCCUCUUGUGUGUAAUAUUUCAAGAGUUGUUUUUUGAGUAGUUAUUUUAUUAAGUUUUUUUUUCUUUUUUUCGUUGUAUUACUGUAGAUCGUCCUACUUGAAUUGUAGAAACUUAAUUUGAAAUGUCAUGCUUGGCAGAAGGAGCCGAAACUCCAUUAGCCCUUACUUGUCUAUAGCUAAUGUGAAACAGAAUAGCAUCCCAUUAUUAUUAUUAUUAUUAUUAUUAUUGUUAUUAUUAUUACUAAAAUGGUGUGUGUGUGUGUCGGUAUGUGAAAAGCAAAUUGAUCACUUGCAAGCAUGCAAGUAGUUCAGGUAAUGCAAGCAGGGAAAAGAUGCUGCGUUUCCCCUCCGACACAUUUUAUCACCACUUUACUACUGUAAUGCAGCUGAUGUGGUGUGGAUGUUGUUCUGUGUGGCUUGUGGUGGGAUGUUCAUCUACUAAUCACCGGCGUCGCCCCCCCACCGUGUUACCGUGUUGUAUUUCCGCUCCCUAUAAAGAAGCAGGACGGUUGUGCUUUGCUACAUGUGUGUAGCUUGUCCUCCUCCUCUUGUCCUGGUUAAUGUCUGGGCUCACGUUGCUCUUCUAUCCUAAAGCCUUCUGGAAAAAGCCUUAAAUGCCACAGUAGUUCUAUUCUACCACUUUCUUUGCCAGGAUCCCGACUAAAGUAUGGCUUCAUUGUGAGUAUUUUUUUUUUCUUUUCCCUGAGCUGUUGUUUGUUUGAAACCUACUGUCAUAUCAUUGGGCAGUGUGAAGAUGCACAGGCAGCGGACUGGAUGAGAUUGCCUUAAAUGGAAUUAUUAAGGUAACAAUGCUACACCAUGCCUGUUGGUAAAUCACCAUCCUACUGUCUCAAAUGGAUUUAAAAUGAUUUUAAGAGUAAGAUAUAGUAUUUAGCAGAAGUAAUAGGUAUUUAGAACAGGGCUGUAGCAGUUAUUUUAAGGUAUUUAAACUGUGUUUUAGUUGUUCUACUUAAUAAAUAACCUGAUAUAGUUUCUUAAUUUAUUUUUUGGACCACUGCAUCCUGAAGCCAUAGGUGUUUUUCACAUUAGGUGCCAUAGGUGACGCAGACGGUGUAACCUGAGAGUCUGCGCUCGAAGGCAAAUAGGAGGUUUGCAUCCGUGCUUUAAGCAGAAAGUCUUUCACAGCAGCGAGCUUUUUCCCCUCUGAGUCGCCGUCGGAACACAGCGCAGGUCAAAAGGGAGAAAGAAUCACGAGACGAGACGAAGAAAGACGGCUGAGAUGCAAACCGUAGCUUUUCUGGAGUUCGGUCUUCAUACUUGAUGGCAGUUUAUGUUUUUCCUGGCUCUCAUUUUUGAUGUGCCUGCCCCUUUAAGCUGCUAUUGAAUUUAAUCUUAACACACACUAGUAUGAUUUGUGUGUAUGCGUGUAUGAAUAGUAAUGAUGUGUGGGCUGUAUUGGUGAAAUAUUUAUUGAUGGGCGCAGGGCGAAGCUUGCCACCAGUCAGAUGCUGGUAAACGUGGCUGUUUGUUAUAGCAGCCGUGUUUGGAGAUUACAUGAUAACUGACCAGUAUUCAAAGUGAGUUAGUCUGAAGACCUUCCGAGCCCGUUUGGCUUCCCGAGCGUUAAAUGGCCUGAGUGAAAACACUAAAUUAUCAGAGCUGUCCUGUUAAUGCUGAACUGCCUCGCUACAGCCCGACUCAGUCAGGUUCUACAGUUUCAUAUGAAGUGCCUCCACUGGGCUUAGUAUGGAGAAAUGUGUGAGUGGCUGUGUGGGUGUGUGUGUGUGUGUGUGUGUGUGUUUGUUAAGCUUGGGUACUUGCACACAGGUGUGCGCGCUGACAAAGGUGCACGAAGUUAAUCUCUGAUGGGGGACCAAGCUACUUAGUGUAACUACUGAUACUGUGUCAUGGACUGAAGUCCUGAAGUGUGCCACGACUCCUAGACACUGUCGGGAUGUGUGAACUGUUUGCUGCUGACUCACUGACCAAAGUGACCAAGCGUCCCUCUCCGACCACCCGGCUAAAAGCCUCGGCAAGCUUGUUUUGGGAACUUGUGUUCUAACGGUAAUAAGCAACAACCUGGUGACGUAAAGGAGAGCUGCUGUCCUCAUUUGGACGGUUAAAGAAACUCUUGUGAAGUAAAGUGUAAAGAUGUGAACCGAGCAUAAAACAAAUCUAGAUUGAGAGGUUCCUGUCUGCACGUUACACCCCAGUUUUCUCCUCCAACCAAGAUCCCGAUGUGGUUCUAAACAAAAGCUUUGUUUUUUUAGUGCUGGCAUCCCGUCGAACACAGUGUAAAAUGUGAUCUAGUUAAGCACAUUGUAGCUCGUCAUGUUCGCUGACUCAGAUGGCAAUACUUAGCGGGGCACAGGUAUGCAACAGCUCUCUCUAGAUUUCUUUUUCUCUGAUUACUGUGACGGUCUCUGAUCACCAGAGACGGUCGUGUUGUGAACGGUGGUGGAGGGGGGCUUACUUCUUCUACUUUGUGAAAAUGUGAUAUUCCAGUUUUACCUAACCUUCAGGAAUAAAAUGUCUUGCACAAACAUUCCCCCUAACCAAAAUAAAGUUUGCAAACACAA